AUGACGGAGGCUGCACCGCUCGCGGAGGCCUCCGUGGCGCUCGAGGCCGGUAAGGCCGGCGAGGAGAAGCGCCGCCCGCAGACGCGCAGUGCGAGGCCGCCGGCGGAAAGCGGAAACAAGAAGGCGUGCGAGCAGACGGCCGCCUCGGCGUCGGCCGACGCGCCCAGCAAUCAUGUUCGCAUCGCAAGCGGGCCGCACAAGGACCGCAGCGGCUUCGUCGCCUCCCAGAAGAAGGGGUGGACCACGGUGCUGCUGGGCGGCAAGGGAGGAUUUAUGGAGGAGGUGAGGGUGCCCACGAAGGACGUGGUGUGGCCCAGCGCAGCGAGAGAGCCGCCGAACCAGGCUGGCAAAGCCACCGUGCCGCCGCGGCGGUCGCAGAGAGGGCGGGGCGAGGCGUCCGGCGAGGAGGGCCGCGGUCCCUUAAUCGUCCCGGUUGGCUCGGUCGGCUCGGCGGGCUCGAGUGACAGAGGGUCGCCCGGCGCGCCGAGCGCCGUGCCAGGCGGACAGGGCGUGGGCGUGCGGUGCCAGUCCUUGCCUCCGGGGUGGGUGGCGCAGGAGCGGCAGGGGUCGGCGAGGACUUACCGCGUCUUCUACGGCCCCAACGGCGAAUACGCCGAGUCCGUGCCGCAGGCCUGGCGGGGCGGCCGCGAGAACCGGCACGGCCUGGCCGGGCGAGAGCUGGCCGAAGUCGCAAGCUUGUCUCAGGCAGGCAGCGGCCUGGCUUCAGCAGAGGGCGCACAAGAGGCGGCGGAGGCGGAGGUGCCGGCGGCAGCAGCGGAGGCGCCGGCGGCAGCAGAAGAGGCGCCGGCGGCAGCAGAGGAGGCGGCGCCAGAGGCGGCAUCAGAGGUCCGCCGCAUCGUCAGCAGCGAGUACGACAGCGACGGCGAGAGCGACGCCACCGGGCUCCAAGACGAGGGCGAGGCCGCAGAUGCGGGGAGCGACGCCUCGCAGCGGACCGAGGCGGUGGCCGGCGAGGGCACGGGCUCGGAGGUGGCGGUGGAGGUGACGGCUUGGGCGAAGGAAUCGCUCGCGCUGCGCGGGGCCAAGCAGGGGCCUGAGGCGGCGGACGCCGCGGGGGGCGCCGCCGAGGAGGCCCGCGCUCCGGAGGCGGCCGAGGGCAGCGCACCGCCGGCGCGCAUCGCGACGGAGCCCGCGGUGGCCGAGGCGGAGGGCGGAGGGCCGAGCCAGUCGGCAGGCAUCACGGCCGAGGCACAGCAGCAGGCGCAGGCGCAGCAGCAGGCGCAGGCGCAGCAGCAGGCGCAGGCGCCGGCACAGUCGUCGCAGGAGAGCACGAUCCAGGGCGGGGAGGCGCUGGCGACGGAGAGCGACGCUGCGUCAGAAGGGGGCGAGGGGGGCAGCGGCUUGGCGGCAGAGGGUGCGCUUGCCGUCGCCACGGCGGCGGAGGCGGAGGUUGCAACGGGGGCGGAGACGGCGGCGGAGCCGGCGGCUGGUGAGCUUGAGAUCGACACGCUGAAGGCGAUGACGAGCGAGGAGGCGGUGGCGCUGGCGAGGCGGGAAGGGAUAGAGCUGGUCGAAGAUGAGAGCUUUGCGAGCGGGUAUAAGGGCAUCAGGCGCGAGACGCGCGGCGGAGCAAGAGGCAAGUUCGACGUGCGCGAUCCCGCAGGCGGCGGGCAAUAUCACUACAUCGGCCUGUUCCGGAGCAAAGAGGCGGGCGCUUUGGCGGUGGCCCUCCGGCGCAGGAGGCUCGGACCGGACGCGGCGGCGGGGAGCGGCCAGGGCGGCGGCGGCGGCGGCGGCGGCAAGAGGAAGAGCCGCUUGUCCGAGCCGCGCCUACCCCGCGCUCUGCUGGGGCUACUUCCCCAAGGCACGGGUGGGGUCGAGUUCGCGAGCAUGGCGCCGUUUGAGGGCGGGCGGCAGCGGCGGAGCUCAACCGCCGCCAGCGGGACGCAGCUCAGCGCCGCCGAGCAGCGGGGGAGCGCGGCGCCGGCGGCGGCGCCCGCCGCAGAGGGGCGCGCGCUGCGGCAGCGGUCGAGCGGGAGCAGCUCUGAGGGCCCAACGCGGCCCAAGCGGCAAGGCGCGAGCCGCAGCUACGUGGAGGCGCCGGACGACGAGCCUGUCGACUCGGCGGAGGAGAUGGAGGAGGAGGAGGCCGCGGAGGAGGACGCGCUGCAGGCGGAGGUGCCGGACGUCAAAGAGAUGACGAGCAAGCAGGCGCUGGCGGCUGCGAAGCGUGACGGGAUCGUGCUGGACAAGUCGGGCAAGACUUCCAGCGGGUACCAGGGCGUCGCCUUCCGUCAAGAGUGCGCGGCGAGGCCCUACGCGGUGACGGACAGGGGGACUUACCUCGGGGCGUGCAGGAGCGCAGAGGCGGCGCUCUGCUGCGGGUGCUCUCGCGG